CCCUGUUGCCGGUUCAAAUCCUAGCUCUGUUGCCUGUUCAAAUCCUAGCCCUGUUGCCGGUUCAAAUCCUAGCACUGUUGCCAGUUAAAAUCCUAGCUUUGUUGCCUGUUCAAAUCCUAGCCCUGUUGCCUGUUCAAAUCCUAGCCCUGUUGCCGGUUCAAAUCCUAGCGCUGUUGUCGGUUCAAAUCCUAGCUCUGUUGCCUGUUCAAAUCCUAGCUCUGUUGCCGGUUCAAAUCCUAGCUCUGUUGCCUGUUCAAAUCCUAGCUCUGUUGCCUGUUCAAAUCCUAGCUCUGUUGCCGGUUCAAAUCCUUGCUCUGUUGCCGGUUCAAAUCCUAGCCCUGUUGCCUGUUCAAAUCCUAGCCCUGUUGCCGGUUCAAAUCCUAGCGCUGUUGUCGGUUCAAAUCCUAGCUCUGUUGCCUGUUCAAAUCCUAGCUCUGUUGCCGGUUCAAAUCCUAGCGCUGUUGCCAGUUCAAAUUCUAGCUCUGUUACCAGUUGACCCUCCGGGAUCUCUUUGUGAGGACGUCUCAACGGUGGUGUGGUACUGUGGGAAAGACUUGCCUCCCCCUGCCAUAUGUAUGUGGAAUGGCCACACAUGCCCCAAGGCUCGUUGAAGCAGGGCCCCCAAAACGACGAGCUGGCCGUGGACCCGCAUGGUGAGCUGGCGUGAGCCACGAGCAGCACGAGGCCACAGCUGCACGCGUGAAGAAGAAGAAGGACGGAAGGAAGGCUGGGGAAGCGCCAUGCCCCGCGUGCGCAGCGAGUACAUGCAGCAGUUCUGCCCAGCGGAAGGUGCGCGGGACGCGGCGUCGCGGUGCUACCAAAGCGGCGUCCAGUACCGGCGGGGCCGGCGCCUGCUCGAGCACGCCCACGUGCCCCUGCUGUGGGACCCGGCUCACGGCGACUCGGACUCCGGCGACGACGGCGGCGGCGGCGGACAAAGCCCUCCGAGGGGCGCGAGCUGGGAGGCGCCGCCACGGGAAGACCAAGCGGAGGGCAGCGGCGGCGGCGGCCCCAGCAGCUGGCAGGUCGACAGCGAGCAAGGGCAAAGCGUGCUGCUGGACAAGCAGGAAGAGCAGCACGGGGGUCCAGCAGAGCCGGCAACUGCGCUUGCCGGUGAGCGGUUGCACAAGAAAGGGAAGAGGAAGAAAUUGGCGAUCAAACAAGAUCCUGCCAAAAAAGAAACACAAGCUGCUGGCUCCUGCUUAACUGGACGUAACGAAACCAGUGCCCAGUUUGCUUCUGGCUCUGCCCAAAGGGUAGUAGCAUCCAACCGUAACGCCAAAAUAGCAUCUCCACACAUGUCCAAAAGUCAAAAAUCAUAUACCCUGUUUCCCAGGGCCACGCAUCAAAGACCACCAUUCCUGAGCUAUGGCUGGGCAAACGACGUUCUGGAAACUGGCAGAAAAAAGACUCACAAUAUUCUCCCUUCUGCUUCAACCGUACAAAUUCACGAGUCUGCGAUGAAAGCGAUGCACAAGCGGAAGAAUGCGAGGCUGCAGUUCAAAAAGAAGAAAGCGCAACUGGCAGAGAAGCACCGGGAACAUUUGCAGGCCACGUCUGACGUGGACAACCCAUGGAUGUCUGAAUAUCAGCGAAGUUAUUCGGCAAGAACAAGAUAGCUUUAACAUUCUUAUGGGUUAUCUUGAGCAGAAUUUUUGUUUUUUUUAUGAACAGCCAGUGAUCAAAAUGUAAAUGUGUAUGUUCCCGUAUGCGACCUAUUGGGCCUUCAUCCCACGUUAACUGCCGUUCAAUACACGUCUGGUGUUCUGAGAAGCGCCAGUACGGCAUACCAUCGUAUACCGGCCCAUAUCGAUCAGCUGUUAAUCAGCAAUGUGGUGGCAUUCCAGAUUUUAUAUAGAAUUUGCAGGGCAUUCUUCACGUGUUGUCUACCCAUAGCAAUAUGCUUUGCAGUGGAUGCUUUGGAAGCACAUCUGAAAUCCUCAUGACACCAAGAACCCGUAAUGUGUAGUUACAUGGUCUAAUUGUUCGUCUAACACUGUUUAAUAUUUUUGUUACACAUUUCCACAAAGUAGUUUUUUUAAAAACAAUUCUUAGGAAUGCGUAUUGGGGAAAUGGGAGUAGUAUUCCAUUGGUCAACAGAUGAAUGUGACGUCAACGUCACGGUACAAUUUUAACUGUAAGUAGAAAUGUGUUAAAUGAUGUAUCUGCUAACGUGGUAACAUCUCGUAAAUUAAGCCAUAUAGUUGUAAAUGUGUGUCAUACUACGGUAACCUUUAGACAUUUUUGUCCAUACUAUUGUAAUCGAGCUCAUGUAAGAACACUUGUGGUUGCGUCGUAAAGAAAAAGCAUACCUAGGCAAUAAAAGGUGGUUUAUUGCAAUUUUGUGUAAGUACACAUUAUGGUAAAUACUAAACUACCAUACCUUAAUGGUC